CGUGAUUCGAUCCUUUCUAAAACUCUACAUAUAAUAAGAGCUUUAAUGCAGCAAGCUUUCCUUUAUUAAUUAUUUUAUUAUUAUAUAAGCUUAAAGCAAAGUAAAAGUAAAUAUAUUUACAACUAGACAUCCAAAUCUUUUGAACACCCUUAAUUGUCAGUGAUGUGAGGUGUCAAUUUGUAUAUCCCAUAAGAUUCUUUUCUUCUAAUUAAUUAUUUUAGAAUUAAUACACUCCAUUUUACUUCUCUAUAUAAAGCUCUCUCAUUUGAUCAUUUUUUUCCAUCACCAAUACAAAAACAAUUACAAAACACUUUGCCCCCUCAUUUCUUCAUUUAUUUUCCUCUUUCCAAUCUUCUUAAUUUUUCAACUUUAUUUCAAUGGCCAGUGUUGAGGUUGAAUCUACACCAGUAGCAGCAGUAGAGACUGCACCAGCUGAGGUUGACGUUACCCCAGCUCCAGAGGCAACCAAGGUGGAGGAACCAGCCCCAGUUGUAGAAAAGGAAGCCGAGGUCGAAUCAACACCAGCACCAGUAGAAGAGGCUGCUCCUGCUCCUGCUCCUGCUCCUGUUGCGGAAGAAGCAGCCCCGGCAGCUGAAGAACCCACGGCUGCAGAAACAGUAGAGCCAGCGGCUACAGAAGAACCUGCUGUAGCUGCAGUUGAGGAGUCUGCGGCUACAGAAGAACCUGCAGCCGUAGCUGAGGAGCCGGUGGCUGCAGCACCCGUUGUCGAGGCUGCAGCCCCCGUAGCUGAACCAGAAGCAGCCCCCGUUGAGGAACCGGAAGCAGAGAAGAAGACAGAGGAAGCUGCUCCUGUUGAAGAGACAGCAGUUCCAGUGGAGAAAGUUGAAGAGUAAAUUCUACUGAGGAAUUUUAGUGAUGAAUGAUGAGGGGUCUUUUGUUGAAAGUUGGUUGUGUUUAUUUUGUUUCUUAGUUGAAUAUCUUAUUUACUACUACUAUAUUUUUAUAUAAUAUGUUUACAAUGAAGGCAUAUGUUAGUACUUCGUACUAACAUAUGCCUUCGUCUAGGUGGUCGGUGGGAUAUUUACAUAGUUUUUUUUAAAACUAUGUUUGUUGUCUUGUCCAGGGUUCAGUUUGGCAUGAUUUGAUUAAAGAUGAUAUGAGAUUUGAUCUCUAGUUUAUGAUAAUAAUAAAGCGGUAAUAUCUUUUUUUUGUUGUUUCA